AUGGCACUGUUUCUCCGCCUCGUGUCGGCUCUGGCGGUGCUGAGCUCCUGUCUGUGUGCUCCUCCCGGGGUCCCUGACGUGGACACCUUCGACCUGGAGAACUAUGACCUGAACGGGGAGACCGACUGGGAGAACAUCGAUCUGAACAACUACGGCGAGACCUACGACUACGACGAUCUGGACCCGGCGAUUGAGGUGGGGACAGUGGCUCCCCCUUCGUCUGAGACGGCGUCGCCCCAGAAUAUCCCUCCCCCUGAUUACGAGGAGGAGGUCACCUUGCCCCCCCGGCCCACCCAACGUCCCACCAAGGCCCCCGUUCCUCCCAGUCUGGACUUCCAGGGUCCUGGCCUCUUUGGUCCUGAGACUGGAUUGGGACUGCCCACCUGUCUGCUGUGCAUGUGCGUCAGCACCAGCGUGUACUGCGACGAUUCCGACAUCGAACAGAUCCCGCCCCUGCCCAAAGAGACCGCCCACUUCUACGCUCGCUUCAACAAGAUCAAGCACAUCAAGGCCAAGGACUUCGCAAACCUGAACAAGCUGAAGAGGAUCGAUCUGACGGCGAAUCGGAUUUCGGAGAUCGACCAGGACGCCUUCCGCUCCUUGCCGGGGCUGGAGGACCUGCUGCUGGCAGAGAAUCAGCUCCGGGGGCUGCCCGAGCUGCCCGUCACCCUGAGGCACAUCGACGCCAAAAACAAUCAGCUGGAAAGCGCCGGGUUCCAUCAGGAGGUCUUCAAGGAUAUGACUCAGCUGGAGUUCCUGUACCUGUCCCACAACCAGCUGGACUACAUUCCCACCCCGCUGCCAGAGAGCCUACGUGUGCUGCAUCUACAGUACAACAACAUCCAGACCCUGCACGAGGACACCUUCUGCAACCGCCACGACCCCAACUACGUGCGUCGCCCCCUAGAGGACAUCCGGCUAGACGGAAACCCCAUUGUCCUCAGCCACUUCGCCCAGUCGUACAUCUGCCUGCCGCGUCUGCCCGUGGGACGGAUGCGCUAAGGAGCCCGUGCCAAAACGCAGGACCCCCAGUCCCUGUACUGCACCCCCCCCCACCCCCCCACA